AUGGCAUUGGAGAUGAACUUGAUCAACCAUUCCCAGCUAUCGUCAGCAGAUGGAUUUUCUCUUUCUGAAGGUCCUAAUUUAUUUGGUAUACAUCCGGAUCCAAUGAUUUCUGCAGCGAAAGAUACUGAUGUGUCAUCCUACUCACAGUACAACACUAUGCAUUUUUGCCCAAUGCAGCCUCCAAUCUCUUUACCAUCUUAUUAUUCAAGUUUUAAUCUUUAUCCUCAACAAUCUGAAGAAUGGCACUCCCCUGUAAUGUAUGAACUUGGAAAAAUGCCUUCUAAUCACUUACAAACCAAGGAGACAGAUCUGGUAGAUAUUCCUGUAGUCAAGAAGUCUCGGAUGGGUCUACUCUCUGGAAGAACAAAAGAUAAGGAGCUGUGUGUUGUCUGUGGUGACAAGGCCUCUGGGUACCAUUAUAAUGCCCUGACAUGUGAAGGCUGCAAAGGUUUCUUCAGAAGGAGUAUCACUAAAAAUGCUGAAUACAAGUGUAAAAAUGGAGGAAACUGUGAGAUGGACAUGUAUAUGAGGAGAAAGUGUCAGAAGUGCCGUCUACAAAAGUGCAAGGCAGUUGGAAUGCUGGCAGAAUGUUUGUUAACUGAAAUCCAAUGCAAGUCAAAACGACUAAGAAAAAAUACAUCACAGCACCCAGACGAGACUAUUAGUGAAGAUCCCGAGAAACCUGACCUGAAGGAAGUGUCAUCUACAACUAAAUUCUAUAAGGAGAAAGUAAAAUUAAGCCCAGAACAACAAAAUCUUCUUUGUUAUAUAAUGGAUUCCUAUAAUAAACAGCAGAUUCCUCCUGAAGUUACCAAAAAGCUUUUACAAGAGGACUUCAGUGCAGAAGAAAAUUUUCUUGUUUUAACAGAAAUGGCCACUAGCCAUGUUAAAAUGCUUGUGGAGUUCACUAAAAGAUUACCAGGUUUUCAAAUCCUGGAUCAUGAAGAUCAAAUUGCUUUGCUAAAAGGUUCAGCAGUAGAAGCUAUGUUUCUUCGAUCAGCUGAAAUUUUUAACAGGAAACUUCCUAGAGGACAUGCUGAUCUCUUAGAAGAAAGAAUUCGCAACAGUGGUAUCUCAGAUGAAUACAUAACGCCUAUGUUUCAUUUUUAUAAAAGUAUUGGGGAACUCAAGAUGACACAAGAAGAAUAUGCUCUGCUUACAGCAAUCGUUAUCUUAUCACCAGAUCGGCAAUACAUAAAGGAUAGAGAUUCUGUUGAACGGCUUCAAGAGCCUCUGCUUGAAGUUCUGCAAACAUUCUGCAAGCUUCAUCACACAGAUAGUCCUCAACAUUUUGCUUGUCUCCUCGGUCGUCUUACAGAAUUACGGACUUUUAACCACCAUCAUGCAGAUAUGUUGAUGUCAUGGAGAGUUGACAAUCACAAAUUCACGCCUCUUCUUUGUGAAAUAUGGGAUGUGCAGUGA